AUGCAUACAAUCUUUGAAUCGAUCUACCAGGAAGAAAGCAGUCGGGUUUGCAAUCUUAACAGAUUCGGUCCUUGCAGAACAAUAUUCACCAUUGCUCCUUCCCUCACGCGUGCAUUCUCUCUUCGUCUUCGCUUCGCUAGUAGACAACAACCACAGGAACGGAUCUCGGCUUCGGAAUAUGACAUCGAUUGGUUGAAGACCCAGAUCGAAGUGAAUGGACUGCAUAUGCAGGAUAAUUUGCUCCGCAAGGGUAUCAAUCCUCGUACUUACGCCCAACAGCUUCAGGAUUUGAUCCAGUACAAAGGGAUAUCACAUUAUGAACAAGAUGAAGAAGCAAAGAACCACAGAGCCUUUCCAUGUCCAGGUGAACUCCUAGUAGAACAACACCACAGUAACUAUGGAGAACCCUGGGCUGGUGGGAGAUAUGUAUUCGAAUUCCUUGCAGAAUCCUAUCACUUAAUUCCAGAAUCACGUGUUCUUGAAAUCGGAUGUGGUACACUUCGAGUACAUGGGAAAGCAUACACAUGA